AUGGUUCACAGGAAGAUGGAAUCGUUUAAAACUGUUCUUCAGCGACAAAAACCCGAUGUUCCAGGAAAGCCAUAUGUAAUGGAGGUUUUCUCAAACAAAUUGCCAAAAUCCGCUGGAGAUCCAUGGCGAGGAGCGUACUCGAAGCACGGCUUUUGGUACAAAUUUCAUGACGGAGAAAAGCAAGAUUUUGACAAGCUUGUUGCUCUAUCAUUCGAGCAAAACGGAUAUAUGCUAAAUUAUGACUACAUAACUGCUUGGGAGAAUGCUUAUGGGAUCUCAAAUAUUCGCGUUCUUGUUGCUAGAAAUUUGAAAAAGGAAUUGAUGGGAGGAUUGGUUGCCAUCAAUAAGGGCGACUAUACACAAAUUGGAGCCUAUUUUGUUAUGGAAGAAUAUCGGCAUUCUGGAAUAGGAUCAAUGCUAUUCCGGGAAGCUCUCAAAGGGAAAGUAGGAGUAAUUCAAGCAGUGCAUCAUCUGCUACCGACUGUGAGCAAUUUUGGAAUGAAAGAAUGUUAUGCCCGCCGUUUCAACCACAUCAAAAUUGAUAAAGCCAGCGGAUUCCCUGACUUGCAGGAAUCUUUGGCGGACUGUCGAGUUGUUUUAGCCGAAUCAUUCAAAACAUCUGACUGGGACGCUGUAUCACUUUUUGAUCGAGAAGUAAGUGCAGAAACAAGGCCAAUUCGUGAGUUACUGGCGUUGGAAGAUUCCGAGACUGCGGCACUUUUCGACGAUAAGGGCAUUUGUCUUGGCUUUGGUACUUCAAGGGAAAUUGCUGGCGAAGGAGUGCGAAGAAUUAUUGUAGGUCCGCUGUAUGCGAGGGAUCAGCAAACAGGAGAGAUUCUCAUGAAAGCCAUUCUGAAAAAGUACUAUAAUCCCGACCUGGAUUUUGACUUCGAUCCCGAUCCAUUCGCUAUCUAUCGAAGAAUUGUGGAAUAUUUGAUUCCUGCCGAGGAGCGAGUACUUCCUGUGAUAGAAAAACUUGCUGGAAAGGAUGGAAAGCUGUCACGGCCACGAAUGUGGUACCAGAUGAUAUUAAGGCUACUAGCGCAACUUCUUUUAUUGCCUAUCGUGGUCCACAGUAUUCCCGUUGACAAUGGUGUCGAUGGAAAACCCGAGGUAGAAUGUGGACCCACUGCGAUACAAGUGAAUGCGAAUACUCAAAAUCCUUUCAUGGGUCAUGUUUAUGUCAAACCGAGGUUUGUCACAAAAGUGGAUCGGGCUUAUCGAAUUUCAUGCUUCUACAUGGAAGCAGCCAAAGAUGUUUCUUCUCCGAUGAAUGUGUCGGAGUUGACGACGGCGAAUGUGGAGAGAUUUACGCAAAUGCCAAUUUGCAGAUAUGAUAUCCUCGAAGGUGGACCAAAUGGCAUGCCAGUACAAUACGCAACAAUUGGACAACAAGUAUACCAUCAGUGGAUUUGUAAAAGCGAAACAAUAGACACUUUUUGCAUGUUAGUGCAUAGCUGCACAGUUGAUGACGGAAAAGGAGAUGAGGUGCCUAUUCUCGAUUCUAAUGGUUGUGCAUUGGAUCGGUAUGUGCUAAACAACAUAGAAUAUCCUGACGAUCUGGAGGCAGGACAGGAAGCUCAUGUAUAUAAAUAUGCUGAUCGCGAUGGCCUGUUUUACCAGUGUCAAAUUACUAUCCAUUUGAAAGAGAAUGAAGAAUGUCCUCGUCCAGUCUGCACCGAUCUGAGCAAGCAAUUCGCAGCGGUAGCACCCAGCAGGAGUAACGCACCGCAUCAAAGUCAAACCGUACAGUUUAUUACUGCUAAAGACUCAUAUAAGCGAAAUCUGGCUAAGGUCUCACGCUUGAUACGCGUCCAAAGAAGCACAAGUGGGAACGCUGACAAGUAUACUCUCGAUGUUCGAGCUGAGCUAACUGCUCUAGAUAUUGUGCAAGAGAAGCCCUUCACGUCUAUUCGCGAUGUUUGCAUAAGUGAACAAUGGAUUUUAUUCACCAUCGUUCUCUUUGCACUAAUAUUUCUUACAAUGUCUAUAUCAUUCACGACUCUAUGCUGUGCUACAAGUAGAAGCCGGAGCAGUCAAACGUCAAUCAUGUCAUGA